GUGGUCCGAGCGCCCCGCGGGAGCGGCCGCGGGGUUUGGGGGGAAUUUUGGGGUUUUUGGGGUUUGGGGGGGUCCCGGCGGGUUUUGGGGACCUCUCGCUCCCCCCUUUCUGCUGCCCCCGAAGCGGCUCCGCGGCCGCCGGCGCGCCCCGCCAUGGCGCAGGCCCGGGGGGUGAACAGCCUGCGCUUCAACCAGGACCAGAGCUGUUUCUGCGUGGCCAUGGACUCGGGGGUGCGAAUCUUCAACGUGGAGCCCCUCAUGGAGAAGGGACACCUGGAUGCCGAGCAGGUGGGCAGCGUGGGGCUCGUGGAGAUGCUGCACCGCUCCAACCUGCUGGCCAUCGUGGGGGGCGGCAGCCACCCCAAGUUCCCCGACGCCUCCGUGCUGAUCUGGGACGAUGCCCGCGAGGGGAAGGACAAGCUGGUGCUGGAGUUCAGCUUCCCCAAACCCGUGCUGGCCGUGCGCAUGCGGCACGACCGGCUGGUGGUGGCUCUCCAGACCCGGCUCUACGUGUUCUCCUUCCCCCACCGGCCCACAAAGCUCUUUGAGUUCGACACCAGCGACAACCCCAAAGGGAUCGUGGAUCUGUGUCCCAGCGUGGAGCGCGCCCUGCUCGUGUUCCCGGGACACAAGUGCGGCAGCCUGCAGCUGGUGGACCUGGGCUCGGCCAAGCCGGGCACGUCCUCGGCGCCGGUGACGAUCAACGCGCACCAGAGCGAGGUCGGCUGCGCCGCGCUCAGCGCCCCGGGCAGCCUGGUGGCCUCGGCCUCGCCCCGGGGAACCCUGAUCCGCCUGUUCUGCACGCAGAGCCGCGCGCGGCUGCUGGAGCUGCGCCGCGGCACCGACCCCGCCACGCUCUACUGCCUGGCCUUCAGCCCCGACUGCUCGUUCCUGUGCGCGGCCAGCGACAAAGGCACCGGGCACGUCUUCGCCCUGCGGGACACGCGGCUCAACCGGCGCUCGGCGCUGGCGCGCGUGGGCAAGGUGGGCCCGGUGCUGGGGCCCUACGUGGAGUCGCAGUGGUCGCUGGCGAGUUUCACCGUGCCGGCCGAGGCGCCCGGCGUGUGCGCCUUCGGCAGGGCCGGCCGCAGCCCCAGCUCCGUCAUCGCCGUGUGUGUGGACGGCACGUUCCACAAGUACGUGUUCAGCCCCGACGGCAACUGCAACCGCGAGGCCUUCGACGUCUUCCUGGACAUCUGCGACGACGACGACUUCUGACCCCCCCCGGGACCCCCCCACACCCGGGACCCCCCCCCACACCCCGGGACCCCCAAAACCUGGCAGCCCCCCGCACCUGG